AUGAACGGUUAUUCAAUCAUCCUUCUUUGUUUUGUUGCCGGCGUAGCCUUCUCAGCUGAAUUGCCUGAGAAAUUCUACGGAAAGUUCGAUCUUGAUCAUUCCGAGAAGUUCGAGGAGUAUUUGGAAGCUAAAGGAUACAGCUGGAUCACCCGCAAACUUGUUACAUUCGCUACUUUCAAGAAAGAGUUCACCAAGGGAGAAAAGCCUGGAACUUUCGAUUAUGCUAACUUGACUUCCAAGAAGAACGUGUUCUACAAGAAUGUUCAACUCGGAAAAGAAUUCGUUGGAGAAGGAUUAGACAGCACCAAGCACAACGUUACUUUCACCCUUGUCGGAAGCAAGCUCGUCGAGAAACACGUCCCAACUGAGAGUGGAGAAGCCAAGGAUGAAUCUUAUGAAUACACUUUCGCCACUGAAGACGGAAAGGAAUUCCUCGUUGUAAGCAUGGAAGCCGAAGGAAUCGUCGCCAAGCGUUUCUACAAACGCGUUUAA